AUGAAUUACCUGGAUGAUGUACCUUUCCGAAUGGCCUCAAGCUUCGUAGAUGAUUCUGUGAGAGAGGCCCAUUUUGUGCGUGUGCCCCAGUUUGAGAUGCCCGACUGUGAGGAAAUCAUGACAUGCACGAUGCAUGAUUUCUCACUAGAGAAGAAAGUCCUGUAUUGGGUCGAGUCCUUCUCCCAGCAAAACACUCCAUGGAACGAAGUGACCGGCGACAUCUUCCCAACAGCUCCGCCCUGCUGGCUGCUCUUUAUGGACACCGAAGAAAACAGCCCUGAGGCAACCGGCAGCAGAACGGAGGAGGCAUCCCCUGUGCGGAGAUGCACGAGUCCAGCUAGCGUCGGUGAAGCUCCGCUGGCUGCAAGCAUGAACAGAGACCGAAAUACCGAGGAGGAGGACUACAACCAAGGCCAGGCGUCUUCCCCGGCCGCCUGCGCAGAAAGCGAACAAGAAGUCCCCCCCGUGUCUGAGGCCAAACACGUCCCUGGCCGUUUGGCUUGUUUCUUCAACCUUCCCCAACCGAAACUAAAGACUCCGCCGGCCCUGUUGGAUGCCUCUUCGGAGGGCAAGUGCCCCAAGCCGGCUCAGGUCAAACAGAGCCAGUCCGCGCUCUUAUUUAACAACAUGAAGAAUGAGUUGGCGAGGGCCAAGGGGAAGCUGGCGGCUUUCCUGCGCCCCUUGACUCAGUCUUUUACAGAACCCAGUCUGGCUUCCAAAGCUUUUCCUCCACACCAACGCUCCCGUAACUGCAAGAACCUGAGAUACAGAUCUGUCUCGGACGCGUCCUCAGUGGCGACUUUGAUGCCCACCCCCCCAUCAAUGCCUCAUGGUACCCCGACGCCCCUCGCCUCUGCAGGUGCCAUCCCUCCCAUUCAAAGGCACAAGCCCACCAUUGCCUCCCUAAGCCCUUACGCCUGCCUCCCACCCCCUCCGGGGGCCCAGCCAUCUCUCGGUUCCCACGCAACUCGGCCGGACUCGACAGCUGACCUGCUCUCGGCCCUCAGCCAAGAGGAGCGCGACCUCAUCGAGCCCGUUUUAGCCUUGGGUUAUCCGAUCCGCAGAGCCAUCCUGGCUCUCCAGAAGACCGGGAGGCAAAGCCUGGGGCAGUUCCUUGGUUACCUCAGCGCCUGCGACAAACUUCUGAAACAAGGGUAUGAAGAAGCACAAGUGGAGGAAGCCAUGGAAAUGUUCCAGAACCCGGAGAAGGCCGCAGAGUUCCUUCACCUCCUGUCCCAGUUCAACGACAUGGGCUUCCAGCAGUCAGACAUCAAAGAGGUUCUCCUACUGUGUGGUAACCGGGGUGACAAUGCUCUGGAGGAACUCAUGACCCGGGCCCAGUAA